AUGAAUCCGCCAAAGGAUGUGUGGCAGCAAUCCUUCACCCUGCUCUACUCCAAUGGCACGCAGUUCCAUGCCUCCAUCGCCGAUCUUGAAUGGGCCCGCAAGUUUGGCAUCAAACUUAGCAUCAACUAUGGCAGCCAGAUCGGAGCUUCGCUCGUCCUACUCAUCGUUCUUCUUCUCCUCACCAAGCAAGAGAAACGUCGCUCUAUUAUCUUCAUCAUGAACGCCCUUUGCCUUACCGUCAACAUAAUCCGCACAACUCUUCAGGCCUGCUUCCUUACCAGCGAAUACUUCAACCCCUACACCUUCCUCUCUCAAGACUACUCACGGAUUACGCCUGCCGACAAAACCACCACUAUUGCUGCCAACACCUUGAAUAUCAUCUUAGUCGUCUUCGUCAUGAUCUCUUUGAGUCUGCAGGUGUGGGUAGUCUGCUUCACCACCCCCAAGGUUCAGCGCUUCUGGAUCAUGUUUGGGACUACCCUGUGUGCCUUGCUUGCUGUCGGAUGGCGGUUCGCGGUUACGAUUGUUAGCAAUGAAGAGACCAUGGUGAACGGAAGUAUGGAGAAUUGGGGUUGGCUCAUUGACGCGCAGUACAUCACCCUGGCGAUAGCCAUCUGGGCCUAUUGUGCCAUCUUCACCUUCAAGCUUGGCUAUGCUUUGGUGCAGCGAAGGAGGCUGGGAAUGACCCAGUUCGGUCCAAUGCAGAUUAUUUUCAUCAUGGGAUGCCAGACCAUGAUCCUUCCAGCGGUAUUCUCCAUCCUCGAGUUCUACGAACGAAUCCCGGAACUUGGCUCCCAAACGCUCACCAUCGUCUGCAUCUUCUUGCCUCUCUCCGCCAUCUGGGCCGGCGUUGUGGCUAGUGAACCAAACAUCGGAGCCAGUGGCGUUGAUGCCCAUCAACGUCUGCUUGGAGGACAAUUCGGCCGCUCGUUGGAUGGAUCCAGCGUCAAUCACAGCAAGUUCGGUGGUGGCGAAAGUACCUUCACCGACAAUAGCAUGCAUACGAAUAGCAUGAAGGACCCUAAUAGCCCUACCACUCCUACUUUACCAUAUAAAGAGAAGGAUACGAUGCGCGACGCACGCAUCCACGUCCAUCGAGAGUGGAGCGUCAAGGGGGGUCCUGCCACCAACCGAGUCUAA